AUGCCAGUCGGUUCCAGCGUCUCCAGACAUCACAGUCAGAUCGGGACGGACGGCCGUGACGGCUGCCGCGGAAUGUCACCUUGGGUCCGUACCUACCUAGGUACACGGCAGGCUACGGCAGGACCGCAGGAGGAUGCCGUUGCCGUUUCGCUUGCGUGCCUCAUGUGUGCAGCGGCAGGUUCCUUCCACCACCACCACAUGGGCAGCAGGAGCAGAAGCAGGAGCAGGAAUCGCGUCCGAGACGUCCUCAUUCGCCUGUACCUUGCAGAGUACCUAAGGUACAUGUGCAUCUGUACGUACCCGUGCAGCCAGGAAAUACUGGACAUUGUACACUCGGACGGUUCGUGUAUCGUCCCGUCUCCUUUUCCCCUUUCCCCCGUCGAGAUUCUGACGACUCUUUUGAGAAGUUGA